AUGAUACAGAUUCUCAAACUGGAUCAUAAGAGCUUUGUCUCUGAAAUGAUCUCUGGUCGCAUUUUCCACCUUGAUGAUUUGUCAGAACUCGAGGAUGAAGAUUCUGACACUUUGGAUGACGACACUUUCUCAGGACAUGUCUACCUUGGUUCCGCACAAUCACCCACUACUUUUGCGGACGUAGAGAAAGAAAAUCAAUCUAGGCGUACUUUCGACAGGUUUCGCCAUAAGUUUACAAAGUUCAUCAACGAGUUUCUCCCAUCGCAUAACAUCCCAUUGCCGGAAGGGACAGUAUGGUUGAAACCAGCUGCGCAAGACAAAAGACUAGGACUCAAACAAAGAAUAAUCAUGCAGAGGAAGUAG